UGCUCGACACAUUUGUUCUACCCCCCCGGCUCUUUAACGCGUUGUGUUUCUGUUGUGUAUUGCAGCCCACAGUUAACGCAAGUGGGGGGGAAGCGCUGCGACCGUUUCCUCGCUGUCGGCGGGUUUAGGCUCAGUCUAUUUGCUGGAGCACUGUAGCGAAGAAAGGAUGCUGAGCUCGUGCUGCACUCGUACAAACUCACUGUCCCAGAUGUUAUGGCCGAGUUGACUUCUCCGGCCAACUUAGUUGUAUGUUUGUAGCCCGAGUCCGCUGUGAAAGCUAAUUUGAAAGCUAAUGUUAAUGGCAUAGAAAACCUGCCGUUCGAGUUGCAGAGGAACUUCAAUUUGAUGAGGGAUCUAGAUCAACGCACAGAGGAUCUAAAAGGGCAGAUAGACUCUCUGGCUAAAGAAUACACAGCCAACGCCCGGACUCUUUCCUCGGAGCAGAAGCUGUCCAUACUGAGGCAGAUUCAGCAGUCUUACAGUAAAUGCAAGGAGUUCGGAGAUGAUAAAGUGCAACUGGCCAUGCAGACCUAUGAAAUGGUUGACAAGCACAUCAGACGUCUUGACACAGACCUGGCGCGGUUUGAGGCCGACCUGAAGGAAAAGCAGAUUGAGAGCACAGACUAUGAUUCCACCUCCAGUAAGGGGAAAAAAAUCAUUCCAGGCGACACCAGACAGAAAGAAAAGAAGAUAGCUAAAACAAGGUCUAAAGUGAAGAGUUCGGAUGAAGAUGGUAGUCCCAAGACUGCACAGAAGAAAGUUAAACUCCUUCAACCAGGAGAAUUCACAAACCCUUCCGCCAACUUUGGGAAUGUGCAUCCAUCUGAUGUGCUGGACAUGCCAGUGGACCCCAACGAACCCACAUACUGUCUGUGUCAUCAGGUCUCUUAUGGCGAGAUGAUCGGCUGUGACAACACUGAUUGCUCCAUUGAGUGGUUCCAUUUUGCAUGUGUGGGUCUGACAACCAAACCAAGGGGAAAAUGGUAUUGUCCACGAUGCUCCCAAGACAGAAAGAGAAAAUAAAAACACCUGGUUGUCCUGGAAUAAAAUGGGGACACUGAUCAGAGAGAAAAUGAGAAGAAUAUUUCUUCAUUUGUUACUCAAUUUUUUUGUUUCUCAUAUUCCUUAACAUUUGGUGCUUUUUCUUUUGGUUUACAGUAUGGAAUUUGCCUUGGUCUGAUGCAGUGUAUGUGAGAAGGAGCCAAAUGGUUACAAUUAUAUUUAAAUAUUUUUUUUUUUACUUUUGGUGCUUUUAUUGUAAUAUUUUAUAUAAUUUGUUUUACAAUUGAAUAAUCAACACUACAAAUGGCCCUAAUGGUUAAAUUGUUCACGUUUCCAUGAUACUCUAUACUGUAUUUACUUGUAUGACUACAAAAUUUAAGUAUUUUCUCUAAAAAGAAAAAACAGUUUGGCCAUGGAUAUUUUUUUUUUGCUUUGUUGUGUGGUUAGUUUCUUGAGCUUAGCCUUGGAAUAGUAGUUUUAUUUUUUCAAAAUAUAACCAGAGGGCAAAACAAUUUGAAGACAAAUGCUGCAUCCGGACAGUAUUAGUCGUCUGUGGUAGUGAGUUGAAACAUUUCAUUUUAACAUUUGAUUGAGUGCUGUAUAGAAAGUAAGACAUUUUGUGAAAAGUAUUGCCAUUUCUGUAGCUGAAACAUUGGUACAGGACCGAGGGGGUGAUUGUGUUGUCAAUCAUUUGAAUACAGCUACUACCUCAAA